AAUAAUUUCCACCGUCUGUUUAUCCGGAUAACAUGAACUGAUGCUAAAGAAAACUCUUUAAACGCUGUCGUGUCGAGUUGGUUUUUGAUGGAUCCGUAAAUUUAUUUCCGUAAAAAGGAAAAAUGAGAAAGUUCUUUCUUUCUUUCCAUAUAAGAAGGAAUUUCUAGGAAUUUAUGACCAUCAAUAUUUAGCGCCGAUCUUCAUUUGGAAGCUGCAACAAACAUCCUCAAUAACAAGAUCCGAUCCGCUUCGUUCAAAUAUUCCACUUGCCCCCCAUCUCUCUAUAAAAACCCCUGUUUUUUCUGUGAAAUAUCUGUAUAUUCGUGGCUAUGCAGAUCGAUUCUUCUAUUUGUGUGAAAUAAACCGGAAUUCUGAAGCCGAUCGGUGGUUACGAUUCUGGGGUUUCGCAGGAGUUGAGUUAUUGUCGUCAAUUUAGCUCAAUAAUUAGGCUUUUGUGUGUUUUGGCCGGAAAUGCAGGAGAUCGGGAGAUAAAGAUUACGGAAAGGUCUAAUAUUUGUCUGGAAUUGUAUGAAGAUUUGGUGCCUCCUAUGCUUCAGGGAAGAAGAAGAGGAGGUGUUGGAAGCAGAUUGUGAAGACAAGGUAGUGGCAGUAAUGGAGGAGAAUGAGGGCAUUUUUGGAAUUGACGGAAUAGCCGAGGAUAAUAUUAGAAAUGACGAGGAGAAUGAAAACCCUUCAGCGUUAAGCAGUCCGGCAAGCGUUUCCCGCAACGGCAGCGAUGAGGACCCGCCAAGUUUAGGGCUUUCACUAGGUGUGCGUGUCACUUGUGUGGAUAAGCUUUCGAAUAUGCACGGUGGUGCGAAUUUAGACGAGGCUGUGACGGCCUUCCCCUGCUCGCGACGGGCAGAGGGGGAAAGUAGUAGCAGCUCCGCGGCUGUGGCUGCAGGCGAUUCUCAGCAUAAGCGGGCCAAAGUUCACUAUGGGUCUCAUGAUUGGCUUUAUGCGACUCCAAUAGCUUUGGAUGCUCGAAAUUCCUUUUCAUCAGGACAUGGAGACUACAGUGGCGGCGGUAAAUCAUCUGUUACUUAUACGAAUGAGAUUGUUUAUCACAAUUUCAUGCUGAACAACGGUGUUGAUGGCAACUCCUUUGGCUCUAGUGGUGGUAGAGAUGAUGGAAGUGAGAGCGAGACUUCUAAAUCAGAAGAUUCAGAAGUUCCUAUGGAUCUUACAGAUGACCUUCUGCAUAUGGUUCUCUCCUUCUUGGACCACGUUAAUCUUUGUCGAGCUUCCAUGGUUUGUAGGCAGUGGCGUGCUGCUAGUGCUCAUGAAGAUUUUUGGAGAUGCUUGAAUUUUGAGAAUCGAAACAUAUCUAUGGAACAAUUUGAGGACAUGUGUCGACGCUACCCUAAUGCCACUGAAGUGAAUAUGUUUGGUACGCCUACAAAUCAAAUUCUUGCUAUGCAAGCAGUUUCUUCAUUGAGAAAUCUUGAGGCUUUGACUUUGGGAAGAGGACAACUUGGGGAGACUUUUUUCCAAGCGUUGGCUGAGUGUAAUAUGUUGAAGAGUUUGAAUGUUAUUGAUGCUACUCCCGGAACUGGUAUUCAGGAAAUACAUAUAAACCAUGAUAGGUUGCGUCAUCUUGAACUAACAAAGUGCCGCGUGAUGCGAAUAAGCAUCAGGUGCCCACAACUUGAAACUUUGUCUUUGAAAAGGAGUAACAUGGCUCAAGCUAUGCUGAAUUGCCCUCUAUUGCAUCUGCUGGAUAUAGGCUCUUGCCAUAAGCUUUCAGAUGCAGCAAUCCGCUCUGCUGCGAUAUCUUGUCCUUUAUUAGAGUUGCUAGACAUGUCAAAUUGUUCAAGUGUUAGUGAUGAAACACUACGUGAAAUAGCUGUUACUUGUACAAAUCUUCAUGUUCUUGAUGCAUCAUACUGCCCAAACAUAUCGCUUGAGUCUGUAAGACUGCCAAUGCUAACUGUUCUUAAGCUCCAUAGCUGUGAAGGCAUCACUUCGGCUUCUAUGGCUGCGAUAUCUCAUAGUUAUAUGCUGGAGGUUUUGGAGCUGGAUAAUUGCAGCUUAUUGACUUCAGUAUCACUGGAUCUUCCCCUCUUGCGAAACAUAAGAUUAGUAUAUUGUCGCAAAUUUGCCGAUUUGAAUUUACGAACCACCAUGCUGUCAUCCAUAAUGGUUUCCAACUGUCAGUCACUUAAUCGUAUCAAUAUUACUUCAAAUUCUCUAGAGAAAUUGGCAUUGCAGAAGCAAGAGAACCUAACAACACUGGCAUUGCAAUGCCAAUGUCUGCAAGAAGUGGACCUCACAGGUUGUGAAUCUUUGACAAAUUCUAUCUGUGAUGUUUUGAGUGAUGGUGGUGGAUGCCCCUUGCUGAAGUCCCUGGUUCUUGAUAAUUGUGAGAGCUUGACGACAGUGGAAUUCUGCAGCACUUCUCUUGUCAGUCUUUCAUUAGUUGGUUGCCGUGGCAUUACUGCUCUUGAACUCACUUGUCCAAGUCUUGAGAAAGUGUGUUUGGAUGGAUGUGAUCAUCUUGAAAGAGCAUCAUUUUGUCCUGUUGCUCUUCGGUCACUCAAUCUGGGAAUAUGUCCGAAAUUAAAUGAACUCCGUAUUCAAGCUCCGGAUAUGGUGUUACUUGAGUUGAAAGGAUGUGGUGUUCUAACUGAAGCAUCUAUUGAUUGUCCUCUCUUAACAUCUCUGGACGCUUCCUUUUGCAGCCAACUCAAGGAUGACUGCUUGUCUGCAACAGCUGCAUCAUGCCGACUGAUUGAGUCAUUAAUACUGAUGUCGUGCCCUUCUGUUGGUUCUGAUGGACUCUACUCUCUGUGUUUGCUUCCGCAUUUGACCAUGCUUGAUUUGUCAUAUACAUUUUUGAUGAGUCUGCAGCCAGUUUUUGAGUCUUGCUUGCUUCUCAAGGUAUUAAAAUUACAAGCAUGCAAGUAUCUACUGAAUUCGUCGUUGGAGCCUCUAUACAACGAAGGUGCUCUACCAGCUCUGCAGGAGUUAGAUUUAUCUUAUGGGACUCUCGGUCAGUCUGCCAUAGAGGAUCUUCUCGCUUGCUGUACACAUCUCACUCAUGUGAGCUUGAACGGCUGUGUGAAUAUGCAUGAUCUUGACUGGGGCUGCAACAGGGGUCAACUUUCCACCCUGCCUGGUGCAUAUAUCCCUUCUUCCUUGUUUUCUCAGGAUGAUAUGCAUGAUUCAGUUGACCAGCCCAACCGUUUACUUCAGAACUUAAACUGCGUUGGUUGUCCAAAUAUUAGAAAAGUUAUCAUUCCACCCGAGGCACGCUGUUCCCAUUUGUCAUCGCUAAACCUUUCUCUAUCCGCCAAUUUGAAGGAAGUGGAUGUCGCUUGUUUUACUUUGUGCUUUCUUAACUUGAGCAAUUGUUGCUCUUUGGAGAUUCUGAAGCUUCAGUGUCCAAGAUUGACCAGUCUCUUUCUUCAGUCGUGUAACAUCAAUGAAGAAGCGGUUGAAGCUGCCAUAAUACACUGUAGCAUGCUGGAAACUCUUGACAUCCGCUUUUGUCCAAAGAUAUGCUCGAUAAGCAUGGGAAGAUUACGCGCAGCAUGUCCAAGUUUAAAGCGCAUCUUCAGCAGCCUAUUACCCGCGUAAUGUGACUUACGAUCUGUUAACUAUUCGUGCUUGGCCUUUCGGUCUCUUUCUCUUUUCAUCCAUCUGUAUUGUAUAUGUAGUUGAGACAUUUUUCUUUAAAUGGUUGUCAGGUACACAGGUACUUGAUGCGGCUAUGCCCUCUUGUAAGAGUAGAAUAAACUUGUUAUAAGCCAAUUUCUACUUGUUUGUUCAUUCCAGAACCAAUUUUACUUGGAGAGUGAAAUCAUAGUAGUAGUAGUUCCCUUCAAUAA